UUGUUUUCCCUAGCAACGACGACUUAGUAACGAAACAGAGCAAUCGUAUACUUAACAUUGGACAUCGAUAUUAUUUAGCAGAAUUGUGUGUUGUUUGCUUGGAGUAUGGACAACAUGGAGGACUUCCCCGAUGUGGGUGAGGUUGGCCACCAGGUGUCGAAGGCAUCAAUGCAGACAGAUCACACGACCGACACGAUGUACUCAACCACCUCGGGAGAGAACAGCAUCUUGCAGGAUGCACCAACCCCGGCUGAUGAAGAGCACACUUUUCUUAUCUUGGAUCCUGAUCAUCCGAAGAUGGUCAGGUUCCAAACGUCGUUGAAGAAUUAUCUGACGAAGAUGAUGGAAAAGACCAAGCUGGAGCUUCUGGAAGUUACCAAACCCCUGAAAAUCUUGAAGCAGGAGAAAGAGGACGUCGGCGUGCACUUGUACGGCCAGCAGCAGGAACUGGCCAGCAAACAGAUGCAGCUGGAAGAACACCAGGACAAGUACACCGCGUUUAAAGGGAUCCGUUAUCGGGAAGAGGCCCUUGUGAAGAACACCAAGCACAUCUGUACAACGUCUCAAAAUGAGCUGAUACUCAACAAAAAACACGCCAACAGCCUGAGGCAGGACGUGGAGAACAUGGAGAUCCACAGGUUCUACCUGAAGCAGACCAAGAAGGACGUCGGAGGAGACAUCAAGCUCCUGAUGAGGGCCGUGGAGAAGACCACAACCGACAUAGCCACGGCGGAGACGGAACAGAAGCGACAGGACUUCUUUGUCGACCGACUUGUGAAGCGGACGAACAAACUACGAAAUGACAUUGCACUCUACGACACGCAGUACAAACUACAAUUGGAGGAGACGAAGAACAUCCGGAACCUUCUCCAAGAUGCUGAACUGCAGCUGUCGCUGAUCAACCAAGAGAAGAAACUCAUCAACCACAGUUGGCGCAAAAGUCUGCUGGGGAUGAAGAAGAGGGACGAAGCUUAUUCGGCCGCACUGGAUGCUCACAGGCAACUUCAACAACAGAUGAUGGUCUUGAAGAGCGACAUGUAUGGCUACAAGAAAUCCACAAUGCAAGAACAACAGGAAAACGAGAAGUUGACCCAGCUCCUGAACAAGGGCCAACGUGACGUGGACAUGAUCCGGGAACAGCUGAACAACACCGUACAAAAGUACGAGGAACUGAAGAUGCAGUAUUCCACGUACAGUCAGCUCCUGAAAGAAACGGAAGAGAACCUUCUCAAGACAAAUGCACACAAAACGUUCAUGCAGGACAUGUUGGUGAAAAUGCGGAAGGAAUUUGAGAACCAGGUGAACAGGACAAGGGUCCUGGAAGGGGAAAUAAUGAAUAAAAUCAACACCCAAUUGAUGAUGGAAAAAUCGGCGAAAUACGUGAAUAAGCUGACUUCGCAGAAUAGACUCGUUAUUGAAAAAUUGAUGGCGUCCAAAAUAUGCCUUGAGAAUGAUUAUUCACGCAUCUUGCUCAGUAUGACAUCCCUGAAAUCCCAGAAGAAGCAUUUUGAGGUUCUUCUUGUAGAAUACGAAAUUGAGAUCACCAACAAGAACAAAAUUAUCGACCAGUGCGACGUAGAGAUUGUUCGGCGGAGCAUCCUCGUCAACAGGAAGCAGAAUCUGGUUGAUACCUGCCAGAAGAGACUGGAGCAACUCAUUAACAAAGCGGGAGGCAUCGAACUUGGGCCCCUGGACUCCACGAUACGGUCGCUGCAGAAGUCCAUCGAUGAGAUUGACCACAGCAUCAACACCAUGCAACAGCUGUGGCUACAGAAGCAGCGUGGUUUGGUGGACGUGCUGAAGGAGAGGGAGGACCAAGUGGAGAAGAUGGACAGCUCAAAGAAGGAGCUGAUCAUUCACACCCAGAAGAAGAUACGGACGGAGCAGAAGCUCCUCAGGCAGGACUGCGUGAAGGCCGACCUCAACCGAAGCAUCAAGCACUGCCUCAACGACAUCCUCAAGUUAAACGACCUGAUCCACAAGGAGCUGGACCUGGUCGGGGAUGUGGACCACAGCAUCAACAUCUUGGAGAAGGACUUCAUCGCAACAUUAAAGGAAGAGAAGAUGAACUUGGUAGAUCUACAGACCAAGCUGGAGCAGGUGAAGGACGAGAAAGAAGAUUUUCUGCAGAGCAUCGUGGAAACAGAUCAGCAGAUCAUGCUCGUCGAGAGAAAGAUCCAGAUCCUUAAAGAAACCCGAAGCGCCGUCGACGCCGAUUUCCAGCAAGGAGAGAUCAGAUCGAUGAAGUCGGAGAUCCACCGGAUGGAGAUGAGGUUCUCGCAGCUGAUGCGGCAACAAAACCACAUGAUUCAGGACACAGAGAGGUUCCUGUCGAGGCGUGAUAACAUCGAUACGCUGGGGGACAUCCAGCAGUCCAGGAAGGCGCUGACCAAGGGGAAACUGAACAAAAUACUCAACGAGACCAAGAAGAGGAUCAAGCAAGUCCAGAAGGAAUCCGGUGACUUUGCUCAAGACAUUGAGGAUCUCCAACAGAAGCAGAACAUUUGUGGUGACGAAUUAGAGGUCCUACAAGUUGACUGUAACGCGCUAAAGGCCACCCUUGAUGACACCACUGAACACAUUGAGAAAAGCAGCAACACGAAGUACCGGAGAAUGAUUGACCUCCUUCAGCAGCAGCGUCGCAACAAGUAUUACCAGCAGGUGAAGGACAAGCGUUACAAGAUGCUUUGCAAGUCGAAGGCGGCGCUGCACUCGGAGUACACCAAACACAUGAACAACCUGCAGACGCUGACGGCAAUUGUGGAACAGAUCUGCCAAGAGUACCCGGGAAUUCAGAAGUCCCUGCAGAGACUUCUUCACGUGCUCCACAUCCAGUCUCAUAAGUACAUGAUAUCGUCAUCCGAGGACAGCUCUCGCGAGCCCUCGGAUUAGGAGGCACAGUGGCACCUGAUGGAGUUUGAUGGAGUUUGGUGGAGUUUGGUGGAGUUUGACGGGUCAUGUUUAGGCAGUUUGCAAAAAAGUUAAUUAAAGAGAGGCACAAAAAUGAUGUUGAUACCAAUAAAGAUUAUACUAACGACUACUU